AUGGUCGCCGCUGCCAUCGCUAGUGACUCUCCUCUACCAGAUUCGCCUGAUCCUCCUGACCCACCCUCCAUCCUCGACCACUCUUCCUUUCCCGACCAAUCUCCCAUCUCUCCUCCACCGUUUCAAAGUCAGAUCUACUUACUGAUCUGUUCUGUGUCCCGAUUUGAGCUUCUCUCGACUAGGUAUGUCUCUAGCCUCUCGUUAUCCUUCUCUCAAGGUCCUAGAUUUCGUUGUGCUGGAGCUGAGAUGGUUAAUAGAUUUGUUAGAGUCUUUCAAGGGAAUUGUGUGUCUAGUAAUCAUAUCUCUCGGGUGGAGAAUGCAAACUUUGUAGUUGAAAUCAACCCUACUCUCACUGAUAGAGUCUCUAUUCCUAAGAUUUUGUUCACAAAUCCCUUGGUGUUUGUUAAGGGUUCUUUCACUCAACUGCCUUGUGUGUUUGUGGGAGAGAAUUGCCAUAUUUACUCUUUGGUAGAGUGUUAUGUUCUAUUAAAUUCUCCUUUUGGUGGAAAUUGUUUUAUAGCAGGGAAGAAAAUCUUGGACUUCAGUUUGGAGGUUAAACAAGAUUCUCAUUCGGUUACUGCUAGUCUCGUGGAAGCUCUAGCCAUGGUUGCAGCCAUCGCCUCAGCAUCGACGAUGGAGAUCCCACAUCUUCAUGUGGAAUUGUUGCUUGUGUGGAAUACUAAUGAAAUGAAAGAGUUUGAGAUUGUGUUCAAGAAAAAUAAUUUUCCUAGAAAAGGAGGUGAAUGUUCUAUCAAUGGUAGAACACACAAAACAUAA